GCUGGAUCAGACCUAUUAUUUUCUCGUUGAGCUGCUGCUUGGGGAUCUGCAUCUCAUCCUCUUGCAAUACGCAUCUUAGCUCCUACUAUCUGCCUCAUCAUUGCGCCGGCUCCCAGGGCGCUGCUUCUCACUUCAUCUGUCUGUUCAUCCAUUGCUAUAUUCACUGGUUGUUUCUGCCUCCGAUCCAGAAGCACGUUCAAUUGCUCGUCUAACAAUUAUUCAGGCCUUUCAUCCAUCAUUGCGUCCAGAAACAAAUUCAGUGCAUCCACAAGCAAUUCCAGUGCUGUCUUCAGCUCUGUAAGCUCACCAGUGAUCAUCGUUUGCUAUAUCCUCGCGAUUUCUCACUUCCAUUGUUGGUCUGUCGAUUAUUCAGGUUCUUCAUCCACCACUGCAUCCGGACACAAUUCCAGUGCUGUCUUCAGUUUAUUCAGGCCAUUCCACACCCAACAAAUAAACCCUGCAAUCCAAUGGAAGUGGCGUUAGCUAGUGCUGCCUUAAGCAUAAGCUUAAAAUUGGCUGCAUCGCCAGCCUUGAAGAAGCUCCUUGCUAAUGCUUCAACUUACCUUGGAGUGGACAUGGUGCGUGAGCUCCAUGAACUGGAGACCACUAUUUUGCCACAGUUCGAGCUGUUGAUUGAAGCUGCAGACAAGGGAAACCACAGGCCCAAGUUGGACAAAUGGCUUCAGGAACUGAAAGAAGGCUUUUACAUGGCUGAAGACUUGCUGGACGAGCAUGAAUACAACCUCCUGAAGCGCCAAGCAAAGGGAAAGGAUUCCUUGCCAGCAAAUGCCUCCUCCAUCAGGAGCACUUUUAUGAAGCCUCUGCGUGCUGCGUCGAGUAGGUUGUCCAAUGUGAGCUCAAAGAACAGAACACUAAUUCGCCAUCUGAAGGAACUGAAGGCUACCCUCGCGAAAGCCAAGGACUUUCAUCAAUUGCUCUGCUUACCAGCUAGUUCUGGUUAUAAUGCAGAGAGCUCUCCCAUACCAUCAACUGCUAUUCCCGAGACCACAUCAAUACCACCUCUGAAAGUGAUUGGUCGUGACAAGGACCGUGAUCGUAUAAUUGAUCAUCUUACCAAGAUAAGUGCAACUACCGAGUCUAGUACAUCUUUGUACUCGGGUUUGGCAAUUGUUGGAGCUGGAGGCAUGGGAAAGUCCACCUUGGCACAACAUGUUUACAAUGACAAGAGGGUAAAAGAAUAUUUUGAUGUAACUAUGUGGGUAAGCAUCUCAUGCAAACUGGAUGUCCGCCGUCAUACACGGGCGGUCAUCGAGUCUGCCUCUCAGGGGGAAUGUCCGCGCAUUGAUAACCUUGAUACUCUGCAGCGCAAGUUGACAGACAUACUGCAAAAAUCAGGUAAAUUCCUGCUUGUGUUGGAUGAUGUUUGGUUUGAACCUGGCAGUGAGAGGGAAUGGGACCAACUGUUAGCUCCUCUAGUUUCCCAACAGAUGGGAAGCAAAGUUUUGGUAACUUCUCGACGAAAUACAUUUCCAGCUGCUCUUUGUUGCGAAGAAGUGUGCCCUUUGCAAUGCAUGGGAGAUUCUCAUUUCUUGGCACUCUUCAAACACCAUGCAUUCUCUGGACAAGAAAUUAAGGAUCUGCAGUUGCGUGAAAGGCUGGAAGAUUUUGCAGAGAAGAUUGCUACAAGGCUUGGACAAUCUCCUUUGGCGGCAAAAGUUGUGGGUUCCCAGUUGAAAGGGAAAACAGAUAUCACUGCAUGGAAGGAUGCUCUUACUAUAAAGAUUGACAAAUUAAGUGAUCCCUUGAGAGCUCUGUUGUGGAGUUAUGAGAAGUUAGAUCCAUGUCUGCAGAGGUGCUUCCUAUAUUGCAGCUUGUUUCCAAAAGGCCACAGGUAUGUCAUUGAUGAGUUGGUUCAUCUUUGGAUGGCAGAGGGCCUUGUAGAUCCGUGCAACCAAAACAAGAGAGUGGAAGAUGUUGGGAGGGAUUGCUUCAAGGAGAUGAUUUCUGUUUCAUUUUUUCAACCAGUUCAUGAGGAAUACACUAACACAGACUAUGUUAUGCAUGAUCUCCUUCAUGAUCUGGCAGAAUCACUCUCCAAAGAGGACAUCUUCAGAUUGGAAGAUGAUAAGGUGAUGAAAAUACCAUCCACUGUUCGACAUCUAUCUGUUCAUGUUGAUAGCAUGAAGCAGCACAAGCAAAGUAUCUGCAAGCUACAUCAUCUACGCACUAUUAUCUGCAUAGACCCCUUAAUGGAUGAUGUAAGUGACCUUUUUAAUCAGAUAGUACGGAAUUUGAAGAGGUUGCGCGUACUAUAUUUGUCAUCCUACAGCAGUAGUAAGUUGCCAGAAUCUGUUGGUGAGUUGAAGCACCUUCGAUAUUUGAACAUCGUCAGAACAAUGAUUUCUGAAUUGCCAAGAUCACUGUGUACCCUUUACCACUUGCAGUUACUUCUUUUAAAUGACAAAUUUGAGAGUUUGCCCGAGGGACUCUGCAAUUUAAUGAAGUUACGGCAUCUUCAACGGGACAAGACAUUGCCUCAAAUUCCUAACAUUGGCAAGCUAACUUCGCUUCAACAAUGUGAGGUAUUUUCUGUGCAAAGGAAAAAGGGGUAUGAGUUGCAACAGCUGAGGGAAAUGAACGAGAUUCGUGACAGCCUAAGUGUCACAAAUCUUGAGAAUGUCACUGGGAAGGAUGAAGCCUUAGAAGCAAAGCUGCACCAGAAAAGUCAUCUUGGCAGGUUGAAACUUCGCUGGAGUUGCAAGAAUAACAAGAUUGCAGAGGAUAGUUCACAUUUGGAGAUUCUAGAAGGCCUGAUGCCACCGCCUCAACUUGGGAAUCUUACAAUUGACGGUUACAAAUCUUCAAAAUAUCCAUGCUGGUUACUUGAUGGAUUGUAUUUUGAGAAUUUGGAAUCUUUAACGUUUGCUAAUUGCAGCUCAUUACAAAGCCUACCAUCCAAUACCGAGCUACUUGGGAAUUGCUCUUCCCUUUUCCUAUACAAUGUGCCAAACCUGAAGACAUUACCUCGUCUUCCACUAGGCCUUAAAGUGUUAGAAGUAAGAAGAUGCCCACUGCUAUUUAUUUCCGAUAAUGAGCUGGAACAUGAUGAUCAGAGAGAGAAUUUCACGAGGACAGACCACAUAGAAUUAAAACUUGGUUUGAUAUGGGAGGUGGCUUCAGGAUCAGAUAUUAGGAGACUACUCUCAUGGGAACAUUCAUUUCUCAAGCAGUUGAUGAUAUUCAUGCAUGCUGAUGUGUCACAUGUUGAAAACCUUGAAAGUGUUCUAGAGAGAGAGAAAGGUGAAUUAUUGGUAAAAGAAGAUAUCAUCAAGGCAUGGAUAUACUGUCAUGAGCAGAGGAUGCGACUUAUAUAUGGAAGAAGCAUUGGGAUGCCACUGGUUCUAUCAUCAGGACUAUGUGAACUUCAUCUUUCUUCAUGCAGUAUUACAGAUGGAGCUUUAGCUACUUGCCUUGGUAGCUUGGCUUCACUUAAAAGAUUGUUCUUACAAGAGAUUAUGACUUUAACUACACUUCCGUCAGAAGAGGUCCUCCAAAAUUUGACAAAACUUGACUGCUUGUCCAUCCAACAUUGCUGGUGUUUCAGGUCAUUAGGGGGCUUACGAGCUGCUACCUCUCUCUCAGAUGUUAGAUUGACUUCCUGCCCUUCUUUAGAGGUUGCAGAUGGAGCAGAAUGUUUUCCAGUGUCACUUGAGAUGCUCAGCAUAUACUGUUGUGUGCUUACAGCUGAAUUCCUCUGUAUGGACUGCCCAUGCAUUAGUAUUAUUCUCAUAGUCAAUUGCAGGAGCACCACAUGCUUGUCUGUUGGUAGUCUCAGCUCUGUUAAAUCAUUCUCGCUGAUUUGCUUGCCAGAUUUAUGUAUGCUUGAAGGAUUGUCUUCCCUGCAACUUGACAGCUUAACUCUGAUGGGUGUUCCCAAACUCAACCCCGAGUGUAUCUCACAGUUUCGAGUCCAUGUCAACCUCACUGUUUGCAGUCCUGUAAUCCUCAACAACAUGCUCAUGGCUGCAGGUCUCACAGUUCCAUCAUUUCUCUCUCUUGAAAAAUGCGAGGAACUAGUAAUUUCUUUUGAAGAAUCCGCAAAUUUCACAUCUGUCAAGAGCCUGAAAUUCGUUGAAUGUCAAAUGAUUUCUUUGCCAGAAAAUCUGAAGUUCUUAUCCAAUCUGAAGAGCCUCUACAUCGAAGCCUGCCCCAACAUAUCAUGUUUACCAGAUCUGCCAUCUUCCCUCCAGCGCAUGCGCAUACGGGGUGGUAGUGAGCUGUUGAAGGAGAGCUGCCGAGCACCUGAUGGAGAAAGUUGGCCAAAGAUCGCGCAUAUCCGCUGGAAGGAAAUAUAUUAAAGUUUGGUUUACAUUUCCAGCUGCAAAUAAACGGAUAUGUAAAUUAGCUUCGGUCAGUGAUGUAUGCACUCACAAUGAGAGUUCCUUUCAUUUGUUUACACCAGAUUACAUCAGGCCCAAGAUGUCUGCCCUCCAGCUACCUGCUAAGUGGUGGAGUGCCUCAGGCUGGCUCAUCGUACAGUUCAACUAUGUGUUUCAUACUUUACCAGCCGAUGCUGAUCUGAUCCAUCGGUCUCCUGCUUCACUGAUUGCCUCAUGCAUUGCCCUCUCACACUUGACCAACCCCUGACCUCUCUGAUGGUGGAUUUUGUGCUUUUGUUGUUGGUCUAAUUUGCAUCUUGUUAUUGUCAGUCCUGUUCUCUUGGACUACAUGGUAAUUUUGGUGUAUAUGGUUCGUAAUCGUUAUCUCUUGUGUGCUUUCACAUACCUCUGGAUAAAUUUAACUGAAGGUCUCUUUACCAUUCACUUUUGAUGGUCUAUAAAGCCUGGUGCUUCAGAUC